UGUUUGUAUAUCGGUUGUAGUACAUACCAAAAUGAGUUUUUUUCGUUCUUACCACUUUCUCCUCUUCAUUUCAUUAACAGCAACAUCUGUAGCAGCUCAAUCAUACGCCAAGCUAGAAUGCAAAGAAAUGUGUGGGGACGUGAGAAUUCCAUACCCUUUUGGCAUCGGAACAGAUUGUUCUCUGAACAAAUGGUACACUGUUAAUUGCAACUCCACGACACCAUAUCUAUCUGCACUCAACAACCUGGAGAUAUUGGACAUAAACGUGAGAAACCAAACGGUAACUGCUAACGUCUCCAUGAUCUCUGAUUGCAAGAAUCUAGUCCGUAAUAACAGUCAAAUCAUGAACGUUGACCUUGGCAGCAGUCCAUUUCUGUUUUCCAGAGUACAAAACACAUUUGUUGUAGAGGGAUGUGGUAACGCUGUCAUCUUGGACAAUGGGAGUGCCAUCGCAGGUUGUUCCACGACAUGUCGCAAUGGCACCUUUAGUAAUCGAGACAAGUGCCUCGGCGUCAGUUGUUGCCAAACAACAAUUCCUCGUUAUCUUAAGUCCUACACCAUGGAUCUCACGGGCUUGGAAACACAGGGAGGAGAUGGAGGUUGUGGCUAUGCCUUCUUGGUGGAUGAGAAUUCAUAUGUUGAAGGAAGGUUAGCAGAGAGCAACUUUUAUGUUCCGAUAUCACUGCAGUGGACUUUAGCAGAAGCGGAGUUCGAUCAAAUACAAUGUUGUCAUUUGAGGGUUAGACUAAAACUUGAUCUUGGUAAUGGUACUUCAAUCGCGUCAUGGAAAUGCUCCGUUCCUCAGAGUCGGCCAAUAAAAGGAAACCCUUAUCUAUCUAGUGGAUGUGAAGUGACCGAAGAAUGUUCAAGGUGCGGGGCUAACAAUGGUUUUUGUUACUAUGAGGAGAUAUAUGAUGGUGAACUCGUUCGCGGAUGGAACUUCACUUGUGGUCACUUUCCUCCCACCACCGGUUCUAAAAGUAGAUCAUCCAUGGGUGUUAUUCUUGGUGUUACCAUAAGUAUUGGUGUACUUUUCCUUGUGGGAAUCAGCUUUUCUUUGUUCAAAGUGAUCAAGAAAACAAAAGCCAGAAGAAUGAGAAAGAGAUUUUUUAAACGGAAUGGUGGCUUACUUCUAAAACAACAAGAAGAAGCUGACCCAUCUUUUGUUGAUAAAACUAUACUUUUCACGUCACGUGAGUUGGAGAAAGCCACCGACUCCUUCAAUGAAAACAGAAUUCUAGGUCGUGGAGGCCAAGGUACUGUAUAUAAAGGGAUGUUAGUGGACGGAAGGAUUGUCGCUGUGAAGAAAUCAAAACUAGUUGAUGAAAGUCAAUUAGAGCAAUUCAUCAAUGAGGUGGUCAUUCUUUCCCAAGUAAAUCAUAGAAAUGUGGUGAAGCUAUUAGGAUGUUGCUUAGAGACAGAGGUUCCUUUAUUAGUUUCUGAAUUCAUUUCUAAUGGCACCUUGUACGACAGUAUACACAAUGAGGCAAAUGAGUUCCCAAUUUCAUUCAACAUGAGAUUACAGAUUGCUACGGAGGUUGCAGGAGCACUAGCCUACUUACAUUCUGCAACUUCCAUACCAAUAUAUCAUCGGGAUAUCAAAACCACUAAUAUACUUUUGGAUGAAAAAUACAGGGCCAAAGUUUCGGACUUUGGAACUUCAAGGUUCGUAUCAAUGGACCAAACUCAUUUGACCACGUUAGUCAAAGGUACUUUUGGCUACCUAGAUCCUGAGUACUUCCAGUCCAGUCAAUUCACUGAAAAGAGUGACGUUUAUAGUUUUGGAGUUGUUUUAGUUGAACUCUUAACGGGUGAAAGGCCAAUUUCCCUAACUAGAUUUGGUGAAAAUAGAAGUUUGGCAGUGCACUUCAUGCUGGCUAUGGAAGAAGGGCGUGUUAUGUCUAUUUUUGAUGCAAUGGUGAUUAAAGAAAGUAGCUCUGAUGAGCUUUUGGUAUUAGCAAAUCUUGCAAUGCGGUGCUUGAAUAUGAAUGGUAAAAAUAGGCCUACAAUGAAAGAAGUAGCAAUAGAGUUAGAAACGAUAAGAACAUCACACAUUCCCUCUAUGGUUGAAACUAAUACCAGACAGGUUGUGUACGACGACUUUUCUAUGCUAACUUACAGUGACUCAACAUCAACAUUUUGAGUUCCGCUUACCAUAGUAGUAGUUAGUCACAAAAGGUGGGCCCAUUCGUAUUUAAUUUCCAUAUAUUUAAAUGCAUCCAGUAUAUGUGGAUACAUAAUAAGGACUCUCAUGGCAAUUACGUGCAUUAUUGUAUAUUAUUCUAAAUUGUAUAUUAUUCUAAGAUUCUUAUUUUUCAAGCACCAGUCUAGCUAUUUGAAUUGUAAUUUGAUGAUGUCAAUGUUGAUAAAAGAUUUUCCCAUGAAUUCCAAAA